UUUUUUUUUUUUCGGGUUUUCGCGUUUGGAACUCGCGGCGGUCUGUCGGUGGUCGUGGUCGGUCGUCUUGUUGGGGAAAUCGGCAGCAAUGUCGAACGAAACGUUUUCAGAUGCCGGCAGGCUGGUUAAGAUGGAGGUGGACUACAGUAAAACCUGCGACGAGAAAAUUCCUCAGUGCGAGGAGCUUGCCAAAAAAGGUGACCUGAAGGGUGCACUCGACCAAUUGCUGUCCUUGGAGAAGCAGGCGAGAACGGGCGGUGACACGCACUCGACCUCCCGGGUCCUGGUGGCCAUCGUGCGCCUGUGCUUCGAGAGCAAGGACUGGGCCGCCCUGUCGGAGCAGGUGUUGGCGCUGACCAAGCGGCGCAGCCAGAUGAAACAGUCGGUGGCCAAGAUGGUGCAAGAGUGUCUCACCUACAUCGACAAGAUGCCCGACAAGGAGACCAAGCUGGCCUUCAUCGACACCCUCCGCACCGUCACGGCUGGGAAGAUCUACGUGGAGGUUGAGCGGGCACGGCUGACCCACAAGUUGGCCCAGAUGAAGGAGGCAGAAGGCAACGUGGCCGAAGCGGCCACUCUGAUGCAGGAGCUGCAGGUCGAGACGUUUGGCUCCAUGGAGAAGCGCGAGAAGGUGGAGCUCAUCCUGGAGCAGAUGCGGCUCUGCCUGGCCCGCCAGGACUACAUCCGCACGCAGAUCAUCAGCAAGAAGAUCGCGCCAAAGUUCUUCGACGACACAGCGCAGCAGGACCUGAAGAUGCGCUACUACAAGCUGAUGAUUGAACUGGACCAGCACGAGAGUUCGUACCUGGCCAUCUGCAAGCACUACUCGGCCCUGUACCGCACCGAGAGCGUGCAGAAGGACGAGGCCCAGCGCAAGGAGGCACUGAGGAACAUGCUGCUGUUUCUGAUGCUGUCGCCCCACGACAAUGAGCAACACGACCUCAUCCAUCGUGCCAAGCUGGACAAAAACCUCGACGAGUUGCCACAGUACAAGGAGCUGCUCAAGCUGUUCAUCACGCGAGAGCUCAUCGACUGGCGCAGCAUGUGCAAGGCGUACGAGACGGAAUUGCGGACGACGCCGGGUACCAUCUUUGCCGCCGGCGACGAGAUGGGUGACCGCCGUUGGAACGACUUGAAGAGCCGUGUUGUGGAACAUAACAUCCGGGUCAUGUCCCAGUACUACACACGAAUCACGCUGGAGCGCAUGUCACAGCUUCUGGACCUGUCCCAAAAGGGCACGGAGGAGGUCCUGUCGGAGCUGGUGGUGGCCGGCCGGGUGUGGGCCAAGAUUGACCGCCUGGCGGGCGUGGUGUGCUUUAGCUGCCACAAGGAGCCCAACCAGGUGCUCAACGAGUGGUCGAGCAACCUCAACAGCCUGAUGGCGCUGCUCAGCAAGACGAGCCACCUCAUCUCCAAGGAGGAGAUGGUGCACAGGCACCUGCACGCACAGACGCCGCCCGCCACCUCCUCCUCGACGACUGCCGAAACCUGAGAGCGCUCCUCCCUUCUUCCCUUCCCCCCCUUUUUUUUUUCUUCUUGUACAUAGAGAAUUGCAAUGAACUCCUCGAGUGAAUUGUC